AUGAAGAACCUGGAUAAGGUUACUUGGAGUGAAACAGGCAGAGAGAGCAACAACCAAGAGCAAGAAAGUCAAUUGGAGACAUCCCAUAAUAGGAGUGCGCUCUUUUCUGAUCCAUGGAAACCAUACCAACGGCCCCGUGCAAUUGUCAAAGAGUGGCUGCUGAAGCUGAGGUGUUGUUUGGAAGCAAUGUGUGGGAUGGAGUGGUAUGGCUAUGCUGCUCUAGGCAUUUUGAUGGCCGUCCUGAGCUUCCUCAUGGACCUUAGCGUAACAAAGCUGCUGAGAGCUCAUCAGUGGCUUUAUAUGAAGCUGGAGGGCAACAGUCUACUGCAGUUCUUCUGUUGGACUCUUUAUCCAUCAUGUCUCUGUGCUGUCUCAUCAUCGUUCUCCCACAACAUCUGUCCCUUCUCCACAGGCUCGGGGAUACCAGAGGUCAGGACCAUGCUGGCUGGCAUUGAAAUGCCUCAUUACUUAUCUCUCACUAAUAUGUUUACCAAGUUCCUGGGCCUUAUCUGUGUACUGGCAGCCGGCAGCACUGUUUUCCUGGGAAAAGUGGGUCCGUUUGUGCAUCUCUCCACUAUGGUGGGAGCCUACCUGAGCAACCUCUGCUCUCUUAUACAAGGAAAUAAGAAGGACAAAGCAGCUGGAGAAAUGCUGGUUGUAGCUGCUGCAGUUGGUGUAGCCAGCUGCUUCGGAGCCCCCAUCAGCGGUGUGUUGUUCAGUGUGGAGGUGAUGUGUUCUCACUUUUCCCUGAGGUAUUAUGUCCCAUGUUUCUUCUCAGCCGCCUGCGGGGCAUUGACCUUCCGCCUCUUCUCAGUGUGGAGUGGAGAUGGAGAGACUCUUCAGGCGCUGAUCAAAACUAAUUUCCUCACUGCUUUACCUUUCUACCCGCUUGAGAUUUUGCUGUUUGCUUUCCUGGGGCUUCUCUGUGGCGCUGUGAGCUGCUGCUACCUCUUCUGCCAUCGGUGGAUCCUGCAAUUUACCAAAACAAACCCAGUCUUUAUCAAGAUGCUGACGACAGAGAAGGGUCUAUACUCAGGCAUAGUGGCUUUCCUCCUGGCAUCUGUGACGUUUCCACACUCUGCUGGUCAAUACAUGGCUUCCAAGUAUACCACGAAGCAGCUCCUCACCUCCUUACUGGAUAGCAGACAAUGGAGCUCUCAGUCGCUUAAUGCCUCUGUGCAACUGGACCCUGAGUAUUUGUUGGAGUGGACCUCAUCAUGGGGUCCUGUCUACUUCUCUUUGGCUUUCUUUCUGCUCAUGAAGAUGUGGAUGUUGGUCCUCGCCUGCACUCUGCCUGUGCCAGCUGGAUACUUCAUGCCAAUCUUUGUUUAUGGGGCAGCUUUGGGCCGUUUGCUUGGAGAAGGAGUGGCUUAUGUGCUUUCCACUGGAAUGACCUCAGGCCAGCAGUGGGCUUCCAUAAAUCCUGGGGGCUACGCCCUGGCUGGUGCAGCAGCCCUAUCUGGGGCUGUAACACACACCUUGUCCCCAGCUCUUCUGGCAAUUGAGCUUACUGGUCAGUUCAGCCAUGCUGUACCAGUUCUCCUCGCCACUCUCCUGGCCAAUGCCCUGGCUCGCUCUGGGCACCGCCCAUCUUUCUAUGAUGCCCUCUCUAUCAGCAAAAGACUCCCACACCUGCCCUCUCUGAAGAAGGUAUGCCCUCGGCUUCCCUCCACACCAGUUGGACAGGUUUUGGGCGUGAAAUCAGUGCAGCUUCAGAAAGCAGCUGGGCCAGCGGAGGUCCAGCAUGCUGUCAACACCAGCAGUGAAACACAAAUCCCUGUGGUGGACUCACAUGAGUCGCAGAUUUUACUGGGGUUUGUUCUUCGAUCAGAGCUGCUGAUGUUCCUGCGUCAUUCUGAGACUGAGACUCUGGAUAAACACCUGGAUGAAGUCUGCUGCAUUCACCCUACUUCUGUCCUGUUAUCACCCCACAACACUGUUCAGGAGGCCCACAGUGUUCUGAGUCUAGUUGGAGCCCAGACCUUAUUUGUCACAGAGAGAGGUCGGCUGGUCGGGCUCAUCACAUGGCCAGAGAUGAAGAAAAUAUUAGAGGACUUGGCCAAAGAAAUCUAA